AUGUGUGGAGUAGACGAGAAGGUGGAGGUCAUCAGUUGGAGUCAGGAGAUAAAGCAUGAGGUGUCAUCUUGCUGCUCCAUCAUGGAAUGCUGGACCUCCACCUCAUCUACACCAGCCUCCACCUCAUCUGCACCAGCCUCCAUCUCAUCCACACCAGCCUCCACCUCAUCUACACCAGCCUCCACCUCAUCUGCACCAGCCUCCACCUCAUCUACACCAGCCUCCACCUCAUCUACACCAGCCUCCACCUCAUCUACACCAGCCUCCACCUCAUCUGCACCAGCCUCCACCUCAUCUACACCAGCCUCCACCUCAUCUACACCAGCCUCCACCUCAUCUGCACCAGCCUCCACCUCAUCUACACCAGCCUCCACCUCAUCUACACCAGCCUCCACCUCAUCUACACCAGCCUCCACCUCAUCUACACCAGCCUCCACCUCAUCUACACCAGCCUCCACCUCAUCUACACCAGCCUCCACCUCAUCUACACCAGCCUCCACCUCAUCUACACCAGCCUCCACCUCAUCUGCACCAGCCUCCACCUCAUCUACAACAGCCUCCAUCUCAUCCACACCAGCCUCCACCUCAUCUACACCAGCCUCCACCUCAUCUGCACCAGCCUCCACCUCAUCUACACCAGCCUCCACCUCAUCUGCACAAGCCUCAUCCUCAUCUACACCAGCCUCCACCUCAUCUGCACCAGCCUCCACCUCAUCUACAACAGCCUCCACCUCAUCUACACCAGCCUCCACCUCAUCUACACCAGCCUCCAUCUCAUCCACACCAGCCUCCACCUCAUCUACACCAGCCUCCACCUCAUCUACAACAGCCUCCAUCUCAUCCACACCAGCCUCCACCUCAUCUACACCAGCCUCCACCUCAUCUACACCAGCUUCCACCUCAUCCAUACCAGCCUCCACCUCAUCCAUACCAGCCUCCACCUCAUCUACACCAGCCUCCACCUCAGCAGCCUGUCAGGACUCACUUAGUUUGAUUGAUUGA